AUGGCUGCGGCAUACGGGGGACGCGGUCCUGUUCUGCUUGGAGUGACCUGGGCAGAAACAGCUCUGGCUUUGAUUUUGUUCGGGUUACGUGCAAAAACGCAUCUCUGUGUCCACCAGAGGACGUUUCAUUUGGGUUCUGUGGCACUAGCCUUUGCGGCCCAGUGUACCAUGACGGUGAGCGUCUCAUACGGUCUCGGGUUACACCAGGAUCAGCUUUCGCAUCAGCAGAUUGUCGCUAGCAACUACUGGAGUUGGAUUGCUCAAGUCCUGGCCAUUCUUGAUCUUGCCAUCGCGAGGUGUGCUGUGAUUGCUUUCCUCCUGGCUUUGCAAACGUAUACCCACCGCAAAGGUCGCUGGGCACUGCUCACGGUGGGUGCCUUCCAGGGGCUGAUCAAUGUGGCCGAAAUUGGGGUCAUCUUCCAUCAGUGUGAUCCCCCUCGGCGAUUGUGGGAUAUGGAAGUUCCAGGGACCUGUAAUCUGAUCGAGACAUGUUUGUAUAUCGGAUACGCUCAGGGUGGAAUGGGUGCUCUCGCGGACAUCUUUCUGGCCUGUUAUCCGGUCUAUAUCAUCGGACGACUUCAGCAGAUGAGACUUUCCGUCAAGGUUGGACUGUGCUUGUUGAUGAGUGGAGGUGUCAUCGCAGGAAUAGCCGGGAUCAACAAGACAGUCGCCAUAUCCACCAUCGUCGAAACCGCCGACCAGACGUACGCCAUCGCCAAACUAAAUACCUGGGUGUUGACAGAGAUGUGGUUUAUUCUCAUAUUUGGGUCAAUUCCUGUCCUACGCCCCUUCUUCGUGCGAUUCUCUCAGAGCAUCAAGACUGUCGCGGGAUACUCGAGUUCGCGUAGCCGCACUCAUGCUGGUGGCGAUCGUAGUGGGAGUCGUCCCAACGACGAGACAUGGAUAAACCUCGAUGGGCAGCAGCAUAGUCCUUGGAUUGCUAAUGGGCUCCGUACGAAGAAGGGCGUGUCCGUGGGGAUUCAUGGAGGCAGUGAGGAGAAUAUCCUGACCACGACGUAUCCUGAUCAGAUCGUUGUUACGAAGAAAACUACAGUGAUGGAGGAGUCUCGCUAG